AUGCUCCAGCAGACUCCUUCAACAACGAAUACGACUGCUGCUACCGCCAGCAAUCCCGCCUCAACAGCUUCUUCCAUUGAUCUUUCAGCGGAUAAUAUUGUUGUAUUUGCAACUUCUUCUAUCAGAAUAUCUCGACCGAAAGCAAUCAAACGUAAAUCAUCGAAAAGACGUACUUCUUCAUCGAGUACCACAGUAUCUUCGUCUUCAUCCAUAACCACGCCAACAAACAGUUCUCAUACGCCACCUACUUUUAAUUUUCUCGUCACAAGUCCUUAUUAUCCACCUCCUAAGCCUGUAAAGAUAACAGCCAUUCCAUCUAUUUUGAUUGACUUUACAGCCAUGACGUUAUGCGAUUUGAUGAAAACCAGGAAAUCCAACCGAUCUCUACCAGAGUUUGUCUAUUUCGUACAGAAAGUGACACACCAGGCCAAAAUCAAUGUUCGUACAUUACUGGUGGCAUUGAUUUACUUACAAAGAGCCAAAUCAAAAUUACCUAAAAGAGCCAUAGGAAGUGAUGCAGCAGUCUUGAUUGCGUCUAAAUACUUGGAUGAUUCGACUUGGACCACACACACUCUCACCAAUUAUCAGAUCUACACUAUUUGCAACGGCCUUUUCUCUUUUGAUGAAAUACAACACAUUGAAAGAGGCUUCCUAAAACUACUUCAAUAUGAAUGCUUUAUCGAUGAUGGCCAACUGAACAGCUUUGUCGAAGAGCAUCGAGUUGAACUAGGGCUCUUUUAA